AUGAGGGAGCGGGAGCUGCUAGCACGGAGGCAGCCGCGGGCUGCGCAGGUGGCGGUGCCGGAGGUGUCAGAAGCAGAGCGGGGGGUACCGUUGCUCGGACUGCUCUCUCUGCGCCUUCAGAUACUCCUACAGGGGCUUCGACGUCCGUCUCUCCCCCCCGUCCCGCCUCCCCCCCCCGUCCCCGGCGGCUUUCCGACCCCGAGGCACCCCGAGCAGGCCCUGCGACGGCUGCCCGCGCGGCCGCGGCUCCGUCCCUCCCCCGGCCCCAGCCUAGCGGGGAGAAGCGCUGCCCUUGCCCGGGGAGCAAAGGCGGGACCUCCGCAAAGCCCGUGCCCCGCGCUGCGUCGGGCGCGGUCCGGCCGUAGGCUCCCCGGUAGCAGCGGGACGAGGGAAGGAGGCCGCCGCGGAGAGCAGCCCUGGUCCCGGCCAGGUCCGGUCCCUCUCCGCGGACCAGCUCCCGAGUGGAAAGUUUCCCCAGAGACCAAAUCUGAUCCCAAGUUCUCCAGGAGCCACCUCCGAGGAAGAGCGAGAGGAAGCGACGCCGGGCACCGCCGAGCCCCGCCGCCGCCGCCGCCGCCGCCGCCGCAGCCGCCGCCCCGGGUAGGUGUGGGGCUGUGCCCGGGCGCGGAGCGGAGCGCGCUGCGGGGGCUGCGGGGCGCCGCGGCACGCGGCCAGCUCCCCCGGGCGGGCAGCCGGCCGGGAGGCGCGGGGACACCGGGCGAUCGCACCCCGCCGCUCCUGGGGACAGUCGCCCCGCCGCAGACACCCCACGGUCCGGAGUCGCGCACACGCGUGGACUCUCUCUGCGGGGGCUAA